CAAGUGUGCAAAAAAUCAGGAUCCUGAGGAUUGUUGGCCAGAGCUAGGCUGGGUAGAAGCACAUUCACAUCUCCAUUUGGACCUGGAUUGUGAACUCCAUCAGAAGAUUGUAUGUCAUGAGUCCAUCAUUAUCCUUGUGAGGGAACAACUCGCAUGGCCAGGAACGCGUUCCACGCCACCGGAACAAUUUCAAAUGAUCAGCCAUGGGGAAAUGGUCCCAGUUUGGAACCCUGAAGGGCUUCCAUGGUUCAGGUGUGAAGUUUUCAUUGUUGGAGCUGAUUUUGGUGAUUCACGCAGUAUUUGCCUCGUGCCGUUACGGAGCUCUCAAAUGUGAUAGUGACCGCUCGUGUUGGUCCGGGGACGCCAAUUCAACGGUGCCGUCCAAUUGCAAAUGCUGUCAAGGAUAUCCGUUCGUGCCCGGUGGGGAAUGUCUCAGGGAUUGCUCUGCCAAUCUGGACUUGUACUUGAUGCAGCUUCAGCGACGUCUUGCGGCCCAACAUCAACCUCAAUGUCCUCAAAAUGGCAAAACAGUGAAUGGUUUCAAACAGAAGGCGCAUAGAAAGAUACAACUUUUUUCAAACGCUACUUAACAUGGCGUAAAGUGCAUAAACAUAUAAUAAACAAAUAUUGUGAUGAAACCAA